AACAGGUGGCUUUGUAUAUCUCUAUUGUAAUUGAAUGUAGGGUGCAUCCAGAUGUUUUCCAUAAAAUAGCAGCUAAUUGUUUUUCCUAGCAAAGUAUCUAAUAAUAUUCAAAAAAUUUUUUUAAAAAAGUUUCAGUUUCAGAUCAGGUGUAAUAUACUGUAUAGUGUCUGGUCUCCAGUUGGAUCUGUCUAUCAACUUGCCCUGUGUUCUGUUAUGGUCGGUUGAAGAAGAGAAAGAAAGGCAGAAUAGGUGAUCUCACCUGUGAAGAAAACUGCGUGAUCUCAUGGAGAAGGAGGGACGUGUGCCUGCGUCUGAACCUCGCCUAUUUUCCCUGUCAGUCUCAGAGAGCGGCUCCGUGUCUUACUUGCGUUUCCACACUCCAGUCCACAGAUGCAUUAUGAGAAGGACGCUUUACGGAUGAAUUUUCUUUGCUGGCUUUUCUCAAAUAAAACUGUUUUGUUUCAUAAGGAGUGCGUGGAGCGCAUGGAUCCAUAACGCGCUUCGCGUGCAGGAGCAGCAGGACGUCCUGAACUGUGGAUUCUGAAGGACACCCAGCUGGGCUUGUGCUGUGUGUUGGUACUGGGUACUGUGGUGUUUGAGGUAUUAGUGAGCGUACAGAGGGAUGGGAAAGAGGUGCUCACACCGCCGACUCUGACAGGACACCAUGGCCACCGGCGCUCUCCUGCCUCUUAUACUCGGAUGUUUCUUGUUUUUUGCUUCGGGACAAGUUGCACAGAAAGAUGGCCACUUGGACACUGUGCAGAGUUCAGGUCCUCUGUCCUGCUUCGAGGGUUUUGCAGUACUUGGUUAUUACAAUGGCUCCAUGGGGCAGACAGAUUCAGGCUUUCCCUGUCUGAAAUGGACCGAGUUCCCUGACUACAUGCUGCAGUACCCAGGUAGAGGGCUUGGAGAUCAUAGCUACUGCAGAAACCCUGACCGUGAGUCUCAGCCCUGGUGUUUCUUCAGACAGCACUCUGGAGCCAUUGCCUGGGCUUACUGCAACUGCCACCAGGGUGCAGCCAGGUUGAUGGGAGGAAGAACUAAUAAGAGUGGUCGUCUAGAAGUUUACCUGAAUGGCCAGUGGGGGACAGUGUGUGACACACACCUGACUGACCGAGAUGCAAGUGUCAUCUGUCGACAGCUGGGCCAUGGUGAAAUUGGUACUGCACUCCGGCACUCCUACUUUGGUCCUGGCUCUGGACUUUUUCAUUACGAGCGACUUGGCUGUCGUGGCAACGAGAAGUCUUUGUUAGACUGUCGGGGCAGGAAGUUUGUCUCUGGUGACUGUAAUCAUGGAAAUGAAGCUGGAGUGGUGUGUGCUGCACCUGAAGGAACUGGCACUCCCUUGAGGCUAGUGGGAGGCCAGGAGGACUUUGAGGGACGAGUGGAAGUGUAUCAUAACGGCCAAUGGGGCACGAUCUGUGAUGAUAAAUGGGAUGACAUUGAUGCAGAGGUGGUCUGUCGACAGCUCGGAUUUGGUGGUGUUCCAAAGGCAUGGACUUGGUCUCAUUUUGGCCCGGGGGUCGGGCCCAUUCUGCUGGACGGUGUACAGUGUACAGGAAAUGAACUCUCUCUGGAGGAGUGUCAUCACACACCCUGGGGUCAGCACAACUGUGACCACAUGGAGGAUGCUGGAGUCUCCUGUAACCCUUAUACAGAUGGAGCGGUGCGUCUGGUUGGAGCGGCUCUUCCAUGGGAAGGACGUUUGGAGGUGUACCAUGCUGGAGAAUGGGGUACAGUCUGUGAUGACAACUGGACUGAGCAACAUGCCCUAGUGGUAUGUCGGCAGCUUGGUUUCAGAGGACAUGCAGAAAUAGCUCCAGAUGGUGCAUAUGGGGAAGGCAUGGGGCUUAUUCUGUUGGAUGAAGUAAAGUGUGAGGGGGGAGAGAGCUCCCUGUUGGAGUGCAGCCAUGCAGAGUGGGGACGCCAUGACUGCUCCCACAGUGAAGAUGUGGCCAUACGCUGUGAGAGAGGAGGAAAUAUUGAUGACAUCACUGCAGUUCCUCUAGUCUCGGGUCCCCUAGUACGCGUGGUGGAUGGAGAGAGCCGUAAAGAGGGUCGUGUAGAAGUCUUUAUUAAUGGCGAGUGGGGCAGCGUGUGUGACGAUGGCUGGAAUGACAUCAAUGCUGCAGUAGUGUGUAGACAGCUGGGCCUUGUUGGAGUAUCUAAAGCCCGCUCAAUGGCCUAUUUUGGAGCGGGCCAGGGUCCAAUCCAUCUGAACAAUGUGAGGUGUGUGGGUACAGAGUCCUCUCUGGGAGAGUGUUUAGCUGACUGGUCGGACAAACAUAAUUGCAGGCACAGUGAGGAUGCAGGGGUCAUAUGUGAUUAUGUGUCCCAGCCAGUAGCUGACGGCAUAACAGUAACCCAGUCAUGCGGCCUAAGGCCCAACACACAGCGCCGCAGGAGGAGGAUUGUUGGAGGAGACAAGUCACUUCGAGGGGAUUGGCCAUGGCAGGUAUCUCUUUGGCUAAGGUCUCAGUCUAAAAGGAACCAUCCGCUGUGUGGCGCUACUCUCAUCAACUCCUGCUGGAUUGUCACUGCGGCUCAUUGCUUUAAGAGAUUUGGGUCAGAUCCCUCCCGAUAUGUUUUGAGGCUGGGAGACUAUCACACAGAGGAAAGGGACGACUUUGAACGCACUCUUUCUCCAGAGCGCAUUGUCAUACACAAAAAGUACCUCAGCCAGGGCUGGGAAUACGACAUUGCCUUGGUGAGGCUGAAGGGCACAGAUGGAAACUGUGUAGCUUUCAACCCACACACUAGUGCUGCCUGCCUUCCUGCUCAUGGGGACAGGAUGAAAAGGCCUGCUGCGUGUGUCAUCACUGGCUGGGGAAUAACAGACUCUGAGUAUUCACGUACUUUGCUGCAGGCCUGGCUUCCCUUGCUGCCAUCCUGGAAGUGCAAAAAACGCUAUGGCAGCCGUUUCACUGGCCGCAUGUUGUGUGCUGGAAGCCUGUCAAACCAUCGUCGUGUGGACAGUUGCCAGGGAGACAGUGGUGGCCCACUGGUGUGCCAGGGUGAAGGCGGGCGCUGGACACUAACUGGGAUUAUUUCCUGGGGUCAUGGCUGUGGAAACCCCAGCUAUCCUGGUGUAUACACUCGAGUCAGCAGGUUCAUAAAAUGGAUUGAGAAGGUUACAUUAAAUACUGCUCAACUUUGAGGAUAAAACAAUAUUCAUUUGUUUAAGUAUAGUGUCUUUAAAAUAUAAGAUGCCUGUCAAAGGACUGAGAUCAUGGCUCAUUGUCGGGACAUCACACCUGUCUUCCUCAUUCUGCAGCUCACUCAUGCAAUGUUUGUUUAUAUUUAUUUCGACUUGAAGAGCAAUGUGAUUGACAUUCUCGAUUGAGGUACAAGUAUAUUGAAUGUGCUGAAUCUACACUAUAUGGCUAAUGGUAUGUGGAACACAUAUGUGAAUCUUCUGCAAACUUUUGACACAAACACCUAGUUAUUUAGAAUGCUGUAAAAUUAGGAUGUCCCAUAAUUGAAACUAUAAAAAAAAAGUUAUUAUUAUUAUUUCCAGCAUUAUUUCCGGCAUGACAAUACCUCUGUACAAAAAUCAAGCUCUUUAAUAAAGACAUGGUUUGCCGAGGUUAGUGUGGAAGAUUCAACACCAGAUGAUGGUGUGGUUCAUCUUUACGAUGAACUGGAACUCUGCACACGCUUCAUCAUUUGGCAUCAGAGCUAUAAUGGUUAAUGCUCUUCUGGCAGGAUGAGCACAAAUCCCCACAGACUUUCCAGAAAAAUUAAGCUUGUUUUAGCAGCAAAUCUGGGACAAAGUCCACUAGAAUAAUUCAAGGCCAGAUUGGGCUGUGUUGGUCAGGUGUCCACAAACCUUUGGCCAAAUACUGUAGCUUUGAUCGAAAGGAUGUUGUAUGUAUUUUAAACCAUAUUGCACUAAUCUGCAUGCUCUUAUUGCGGGUAUUUUUCUAUUUUAAAUUGUCAGUAUUGUGUCAUCAAUAAGUGUCAUCAUAUGUGUCAUCAUAUUAUUAUUGCCUCGAACAAGAAUUUCCCAACAUUUUUCUCAACCGUGAAAAUUGUUGCAAUUCUUGUGUGGUAAUUACACAUAUGCUAGUGUAGUAGCUACAAAUUUACUUAAAAAAAAUGGCUGAAUGUUCUGGAAUAUGCUCGUGAUAUUUGCAUGAAAUGCUUUUGACAUUCCGGGUUAGCUAACCCAGUCAGAGCUUGAUAUUAGUUUUGUACAUACUCAAUGUUGAAACUUUGUUUUAUAUGCCAAAAAGUGAUGUCAACAUGACAUAAGUGUAUCUCAGAUUGUGUAAUCCAGGUGAAUGAAGUCUAUGAAGAAAAAAGUUCAAGUGCAAUUUUAACAGGUGCAUACCAUGUUGCUUUAAUGGUGCAGAAGCUACAUAUGAUAAAUCAACUUGUGAAUGUUUACAAAUAUGUUAAAUGUAUAACAUGGUGCACCUCAGAAAGACGAAAGCCAUGAAAGUCCUCCAUUCUAAAAAAAAAAAACCUCUAGAAAACAGAAACUAACAACAACAAAAAAUGCAUCCGUAAACAUAACCCUCAUCCUAAAUAUCUGUAUGGUUCAUAACAAUAUUUUUAUUUUAUAUGCAGCAAAUUCUCAAUAUUUCACAUACUUACAUGUGUUACAUAGAACAAGUUAUGCUAAUGUUAUAUUUCUAUUCAUGCCCACAUCAGACUUUUAUGUUAAAGUAUGGAUUAAACAGAUAACCAUGUGCGUUCAUGAGUUAGCAUGUCUAAAAGGUGAAUUUAGUCUACUAACUCAAUAUAUAAUGGGUGACACUGCGUUUGUAUGUCGUGAUAAAUAACAUUUUGUAAAUUAUUUUGAAGUAUUACAUAGCUAGAUUGAGCACAGUAAAUAGUACAUUUUCGUGUGUGUGUGUGUGUGUGUGUGUGUGUGUGUGUGUGUGUGUGUGUUGACAUGUCUUCAAUACAAACACAGCUGCCAGGGUUAUUUUAUUAUUAGACCUACAUACAGCCAGUAUAAAAGAAACAAGCGGUUAUUUGAUUUCUUCCAAUUGAUUUAGAAAGCUUAUGUCGGUGCAGUAACACAAGAAUGGAAAUGUUCAAACGUUUUAGUUCUGCUGAAAGAAAACCAAAUAAUUUCAUUUCCGAGCCCUACAUGCAAUAGGGCAGCAUAAAUGUGUUACAAUUUGUAAUGUAUUAUCAGGUUUUUUGCAAUGUAAACCUGUUUCUGCUGCCAAAUGAUGAUUUGUAAAUUGUAUUAUUUAUUAUAUAACCUAUUGUCAUGCACCAUAAUGUUACAGAAACAUCAGACAUAUAAAUCAUAUUAUCUGUAGAACUGCGUUUUUGUUGGUGUAUUAUGUUGGCCAAUGUGGUGUGAUUUGUUAUUUUCUCACUCAAUAUGUUAAUCAUUUACAUUUACAUUCACGGCAUUUAGCAGACGUCCUUGUCCAGAGUGAUGUACAUUAGUGCUUUGAGUCUUUAGCAAUGAAUAAAUAUACACUGGUACUCUAGAUUACAAACUUAAGAUAAAUCAGCCUACAACUCUGUUGAGUUUUUUUUUUAAAGAACCCAAACUUGGAAAGUGUAAGUUUAAAGGCUUCAGGUAGAGGAAGGUCUUCACCUGUCGCUUAAAGAUAGCCAGGGACUCCGCUGUUCAUUUAUCUAGGGGAAGUUUAUUCCACCACCUCUGUGCCAGAACAUUGAAGAGCCUUUAGUUAUACUUACCUCUUCCCCUGAGAGAAGGUGGGACCAGUUGAGCAGUGCUCAAGGUGCAAGGUGUG